AUGGCAUCGAUUAGAAAAAUAGCAGCUGUAGUAGGCAGCUCUGGCAUUGGAAAAUCUAAGCUGGCUGUUGAGUUAUGCAAAGCGCUUACUGGUCAAGUUAUCAAUGCAGAUGCUUUACAGGUCUACAAAGGCUUGGACAUUAUCACCAACAAAAUGCCCAUGAACGAAAGGGAAGGCAUCAAGCAUCAUCUGAUGGACUUUUUGGAUCCAGAAGAAGAGUAUAAAGUGACCUCCUUCUUAAGAGAUGCCUCACAAAAGAUUGAAUUGAUUGCAAGCAAGAAUGAACUGCCUGUAGUGGUGGGCGGCACCAACUACUACAUUCAAUCUCUGCUUUGGAACAACACAACCAUUGGCGAUCAUCGUAGCUCUUCCCCUGAAGUAGAGGACAAGGAUCUCGAGUUCCCAGAAUUUGACUUGCUGGAGACAACUGAACUAUACGAUCGCCUAGCCAAAGUCGAUCCAGUCAUGGCAAACAAGUGGCAUCCAUCAGAUCGUCGAAAGAUAUUGCGUAGUCUGAGAAUUUUUCACCAAACUGGACAACCACAGAGCGAAAUCAUCAAAUCACAAAAAGAUCAUUACGAAGCACAUGGAUUGGAACCGAGAUAUCAAGCUCUUGUGUUUUGGAUAUAUUCAGAUCCUACAAAACUCAAUCCUCGACUGGAUGCACGAGUGGAUCAAAUGAUUGAUACAGGCUUGUUUGACGAGAUCAAGGAUUUACGAAACCACGUUGUGCAGGGCAAGAUUAAGAUGCCUGGGAUCGAACUAGAGAAAUACCAGAGAGGCCUAUGGCAGGCAAUAGGAUACAAGGAGUUCGACCCUUAUUUUGAGGCAUUGGAAGGGGGAAAGGAUGCAGCAGAAUUACAAAAGAUCAAAUCUGAUUGCACAGAACGCAUGAAAGCAGCUACUAGAAGAUAUGCAAAAUCGCAAAUCAAAUGGAUCCGCAACAAAUUAUUACCGACAUCCUUAAACUCAAAAGAUAAUCAAGUCGUUGUCUAUUGUCUAGAUGCAGGCAAUCUAGAAACAUGGGACGAAAAUGUCAAGGAAAAGGCUGUGGAGAUUGCAAGGGCGUUCCAGACGGGCCAGCCUCUACCAGAGCCAAAAAGCCUCAGCGAUGUUGCAGAUACCAUGUUGAGUUUGGAACAACAAAUGAAAGACACACAAACCAAAAUUUUGACCUGGAACAAGCAUAUUUGUGAGACAUGUAAAACUGAUCAAGGGGAGCCGCUGGUGUUGAACGGAGAUAAAGAAUGGGAGCAGCACAAAAAGAGCAGAUAUCAUAGAAAGUAUUUAAAACAUCUAAGAGUGGAAGAGAUGCGCAAGGCCUAUUUUGCCUCGAAACAGGCGGCAGAAGCAGCAGGAACCAACACAACAGAAUAA